AAAUUAAAAAUCCGGCUAACUAACAGUGCUGGCAUCCGGAUUAGAACUUUGUUGUUGAAACAUGAAAGGUUGGACAUCCGGGUUAUGCGCCCCGUUUCCCGUGCCGUCCGCUUGUCGAUAAAGGCCAGUUUUACCACCAAAAACCGAGAUGCAGACUUUUUUAGUUAACCCCGUUUUAUUUACAGCUUUGUACGCUUUUCUUUCAUUGUCUUUUUUUCAACAUGCCGUUGAGGGGUCGAGUGGCAAAGGAUUUGGGGACACCAUCCACUGGAGAACACUGGAAGACGGCAAGAGCGAGGCGGCGGCCAGCGGUCUCCCCGUCAUGGUUAUCAUCCACAAGACUUGGUGUGGAGCCUGCAAAGCGCUAAAGCCCAAAUUCGCAGAAUCUAAGGAGAUCUCUGAACUUGCUCACAACUUUGUGAUGGUCAACCUGGAGGAUGAGGAGGAGCCCAAGGACGACGCCUUCACUCCCGACGGAGGCUACAUCCCUCGCAUUCUUUUCCUCGAUCCCAGUGGCAAAGUCCGUCCUGAAAUCACUAACAGAAAUGGGAAUCCCAACUACAAGUAUUUUUACAGCAAUGCAGAACAAGUGGUGUCGGGGAUGAAGGAGGCGCAGGAGAAGCUGACGGGCGAUGCGUUCAAGCGGAGCCACGCCGGAGAUGAACUGUGAGGACGCAAGCGUCGGAGCAGCAAGGGCUAAAUCACCUCCUACCAACGUUGACAUCGCCAUAAACACUACUUUUUACAUAAUGUACACUGUUCUGCCAUGGAUGUAAUAACUCAAGUGCCAAAUUGACACAACGUUCAGUUAAGGUUGUCCACGCGGAGGCUCCAAAACAAGUGGGCAGUAUAUAUUUAUUGCCUCGCCCAUUGUUAAAACGCUGUAUUUUAGUUUUCCCUCAAUGCUCAUCAAGUAGGCACAUAAUCACGUUUGUUGUACUGAAUUUAAUCUUGUGUUUGCGUAAAAUAUAAAUUGGGAAACCAUAGACUUCUCAGUCACCCGAAAAGCCACAACUUGUACCUUGAAACCACUUCAUACUCGUAAAGACUAUCAAUAUUUUGCACAUACCUCAUUUUGUACCCUGUGAACAAAUAAAAGUUUGUUGUAGUGAAUGCUGUGCGUAAAAUACUGGUUGUCAGGAGUCAAUACGCAGCAGAGAUUGACAAUUUUAUUGGUCAACAGUGGCAAUUCCCUUGUUACAGUAGAAAAGAUAUUUUCAUUACGAAAUUAAUAUAGAGUAAUUUAAAAUAUACAGUGAUCCCUUGAAAUACAAGUGACUUGACUAUGUUCCUUUAUGGUAUUAGCCAGGUGACUUUUUUUUUAAUUGCAGGCGCAGAUUUGAAAUAUGUGCACUGUUUGGUGGCUGUGACUGAAAUUGCUUCGGAACAAGGUUGUCGGGAGAUACAAUUAGUGAACAAUUCUUCAAAGGUUUCAAACUAAUGACACUCAUGUUUCCUGUCAAACUUUUAACAAAGUAAUUACGUAUUUAAAACAGCCGUAUAUCUUAGCUGUUCAGUACGCAAGCUUAAUCAUAACAGCAAUGUUGCGGUUCAACUAUAAUGGAUUGAACACAAAUGGUAGAGCAAGACAUAGACAACACUCGUUUAUAAUUUGUCUAGAAUGAUAAAUACUCCACGCUGAUUAACUGACAGAGCUGAGUCAUCUCACUGACCAAAUUUUUCUACUACCACCACAUGGCUAAAGCAGACAAACUCGAACCUUUCCACAAUUGCUUCAAAUUAGUGAGUUUUGUUUUUAUUAUAGCUGUCAAUGCUGUAUGCUAUGAAAUACAAUAUUGUGGUGUGCUAUUAUUUAUUAAAAUACUAAAGUCUGGAACAGACUAAUAUUUCUGCUGAUUUAAAAGGGAAAAGAAUUUCAAGUUUAUGCUGGAGUCUGCUCACAGAACAGAUGAAACUUGUAUAUCAAGACACCACUAUUUGCUAUUUUUAGUUUCUUACUUUAUAAAAAAAAAGUUGCACAUUCAAAAUCUCAUUCAUCUGAAAAUGCUCCAGUGGUUCUAUAGUUAUUUUUUUUUUUAAUAUUGCAUGUCCAUCAUAUUUUGUACAUGUGCACAUUUGCUAAAUGACCAAAAUAAAAGUUAGAGGAUUG